AGAGAGAGAAUGGCAUAUAGAAAAGUCAGAGACUUUCUUUAUGUGAUGAAAGAGAAAAAUGUAGUCCGUGAAGGACUGGAAAUGGCCUUUUUAACCUUAAAGGUCUUCUGUGGCCUCCACGUGGCCAACAAAUACCUGUUCACCAUAGUUCUGCCCUACGGUCCUAGCAUGCUCCCCACUCUGAGCCUCAAUGGCAACUUGAUCCUCGCCGAACGGAUCUCGACCCGGUUUGGGUUGGUGGGUCCUGGUGAUAUCGUCCUCGUGAGAUCACCUCUGCACCCAACGCUUGUGGUCACCAAACGCUUGAUUGGAUUGGAAGGUGACUCUGUUUCGUAUGUGGUUGAGCCCGGAAAGAGUGAUAGGACCGACACCAUUGUGGUUCCAAAGGGACAUGUUUGGGUAGAGGGAGACAAUAUCUACGCAUCCAGGGAUUCGAGAAACUUUGGGCCAGUCCCUUAUGGUCUCCUUGAAGGAAAAUUCAUCUGGAGGAUAUGGCCUCCCAAAGACUUUGGGUCACUGAGACCAAAUAAAACAGAGCCAAUCUUAGAUAAGGAUCUUUCUUCGACUGAAGCAAUCUGAAAGGUCAAGUAAAGACAUUCGGAUUAGAGGCAUCAAAUGGUUGUUGAGUCUGAGGAUCAAUUCAAUCAAAGUUGUGGCAAAAGCUUGCAGAGUUCGGUUGAAGCUGCUGUGGCCGCUGCCAUUUGUUUCGAGUUGUUUUUCAAUUGGGUUGAGAUUGCAAUCACCUUUGACUUCUUUCUUGACAAUUUUGUUAGAUCUUCAACUCAAUUUUUCAUAAUACUGAAGUCUAUUGGUUUGGUA